GCUGGUAACACAGGCCUAUAAAACAAUAACAAAGUCGCAUACGCCUUCUGGAGCCCCCUGCUGUUUCUCCACCUCCCUAACCUACUAAACCCAGAGGUUGCUCAAUGCCUCAGCGGUGAUCCCCAGAGGGCGAGCCCCUGCUCUCUGAUCUCGCCCAGCCCCUCCCCCACACUAUACUGACCGGACUGACAGAUGCAGGUGCGUCAGAGGCAGGAGGUGGGCAUCUAGCAUCCAGAGGCUAACUCGUAGUCCCGAAAGGGGCUUUUUGUGGGAUGCAGGGGUCAGAUGUCCUUUAGAAUGGGAACUAGCUUGCAGGUUGCUAUUCCGGGGCUCUGAUCAGUCUGUUUAUUUAUAGCGCUGGGGGGGAGGGCUCCCAACCCAGGCAGCAGAGAGGCUGUUCUGCUGCAAUGUCACUGUUAAGACUGCCAUUGCAGACUGCCAGCACCUGCUGUUGCCGCGGAAGACAGAGAUCUCUCAGCUGGGCAGACCCCCAGGGUAGCUGGGCCCAGGGUGAGGCUGGGAGGCAGAGAGCCGAUGGGCAGCACCAUGGAGCCCCCAGGGGGUGCAUACCUGCACUUAGGCGCUGUGACCUCGCCGGUGGGUACAGCCCGAAUGCUGCAGCUGGCCUUUGGCUGUACCACUUUCAGUUUGGUUGCUCACCGAGGUGGUUUUGGGGGUGUCCAGGGCACUUUCUGCAUGGCUGCUUGGGGCUUCUGCUUUGCCUUCUCAGUCCUGGUGGUAGCCUGUGAGUUCACAAAGCUUCACAGCUGCCUACGCCUUUCCUGGGGCAACUUCACAGCAGCCUUCGCCAUGUUGGCAACCCUGCUGUGUGCCACGGCCGCUGUCAUCUACCCUCUGUACUUCACCCGACUGGAGUGCCCACCUGAGCCUGCCGGAUGCAUGGUACGAAACUUCCGCCUGGCAGCCAGCGUCUUCGCAGGACUCCUCUUCCUGGCCUAUGCGGCUGAAGUGGCCCUGACUCGAGCUCGGCCAGGUCAGGUAGCCAGCUAUAUGGCUACAGUGUCUGGGCUCCUUAAGAUCGUCCAGGCCUUUGUGGCCUGCAUCAUCUUUGGAGCACUUGUCCACGAGAGUCGCUAUGGGCGCUACGUGGCCACACAGUGGUGUGUGGCUGUCUACAGCCUGUGCUUCAUGGCCACAGUGGCUGUGGUGGUCCUAAGCGUGAUGGGACACACGGCGGGCCUGGGGUGCCCGUUUGACCGCCUAGUGAUAGUGUAUACCUUCCUGGCUGUGCUCCUAUACCUCAGCGCUGCAGUCAUCUGGCCAGUCUUCUGUUUCGACCCCAAGUACGGGGAGCCAGGGCGGCCCGUGGACUGCCUGCGAGGCAGCUGCCCCUGGGACAGCCAAUUGGUGGUAGCUAUUUUCACCUAUGUCAACCUGCUCCUUUACAUUGUUGACCUCGCUUAUUCCCAGAGGAUCCGCUUCGUGCCCACCCUGUAGCCUGGCCAGUGAUGGCCCACCCAUGUCUUCUCUCUGGCUGAGAGCACCUACAGCUGACCAAGGUAGCCCCAUGUCAAAGGCCAGCACCAGAAUCUCCAUGGAAAGAUGAUGUCAUGACAGCGAUGGAAUAUCCGUCCAGACACCCAACACAAACCAUGACCCAGAAGCCUCCGAGGUGUCUACCAUGGGUUCUGGCAGGCUGGCUUGGCUGGUAACAUUGACUCACGGUGAAGAGCCUCUCGGGGCAGCCACUGGUUCAUGGAACCUGGUCACUGGGCCUCCAUUCAAACAUCUAGUUAGCCAUCUGUUCCUGAAUACCAGGACUUGCUAGCAUCGGUAUUCUUCAGUCUCAAGCCAGCUUCUCCUAUGCAAGAGCCCAGACUGGACUAAUCCCAGGAAGCCCUUCAACCCAUUAACUGACUGUCCCUCAGGUCCUACAGCAGAAAAUAAAAAGUGGAUGUCUG